AUGCCGGUCGAGGUGCAGCGCAAACUGACGGUGCUAGGCUACCCGGGCGUGGGCAAGUCGUCGCUCACCACGUGCUUCGUGGAGAACCGCUUCGUGGAAAACUACGACCCGACCAUUGAGAACACCUUCCACAAGACCAUCCGAGUGCGGAACGCCCACUUUGUUACGGACAUCGUGGACACCGCAGGCAUGGACGAGUACGCCAACUUCUCGCAGGCUGCGUCAGUGGGCGUGCACGGCUACGUGCUUGUAUACUCGAUCGGCUCGCGCACGUCUUUCGAGAAGCUCAAACUCAUUAACGAGAAGCUAGUCAACAUGUUGGGCUCCAAGCCGCCGCGUGUGCUGGUGGGCAGCAUGUCAGAUCUAGAAAAGGCCAGGCAAGUGACCGUAGAAGAAGGCCGGACGCUGGCAAGCGAUUGGGAAUGCCCCUUCGUGGAAUGCUCAGCUAAAGACAACGAAAACAUCAGUAAGGAUUUAGCGUCUAUAGAAGAAUAA